GCGCCACUAUCGUCUUAUUUAUUUUCCAGCGUGGUCGAGUUCUUUUCUAAGCUGGGAAUGGCCGGCUAGAGUAGCUGUAUUCGUGCCUUAUGGACCGUCGGAUUUUAAAGUGUUUUAAAAAUGUCCCGGCGAAAGAAUUCUGAGUCCAUAGGCAAUGAUAGUGAAUUCGGAGACAACUAUGUCGAAGAACCGGACUUCAGCGACCCGGAGGACUUCGUAGACGACAUUGCUGAAGAGGAGCUUCUAGGAGAUAUCCUGCAACACAAGCCAAAAGAAACUGGAGGAUUUGACUCUAUCAUUGUUGUAGAUGGAAUCCCACAGGUGGCCAAAGAAGAGAAAAAGCCUGGGUCUGAUCAGAAAACCAGGCUAGAAAAGCUACAGAACAUCAUUAAGAAGCUGUACAACAGUUACGGCACCAUCACCAACGAGUACUGGCCGAUUGAUGCCAACAACAAGACAAAAGGCUAUGUGUUCUUUGAAUACAAGAGGCCGGAGCAAGCGGCUGAGGCCGUCAAGGCAACAAACGGACACAAGCUGGACAAGACGCACACCUUUGUUGUCAACCUCUUCACCGAUUUCGAGAAGUACGCCAACAUCUCUGAGACGUGGCAGCCGCCGGAGCCGCAGCCCUACCCGGACCUCGGCAACCUGCACUACUUCCUGGAGGAGCCGGAUUGUUUCAACCAGUACGCGGUGCUGUCGGACGCCGGCGGCUCGACGGCCAUCUAUUCCAACUCGCUGCCGGAGCCGACGCUGAUUGAGGAGCGCAAGCUCUGGACGGAGAAGUACAUCAAGUGGUCGCCGCUGGGCACCUACCUGGCCACACUGCACGGCAAGGGCGUGGCGCUCUGGGGCGGGGAAAAGUUCGGACAGAUCAAACGCUUCUCGCACCCGGGCGUCGAGUUCAUCGACUUUUCACCGUGUGAAAAGUACCUGGUGACGUUCUCGCCGAUGGCCGAGAGCCACGGCCAGCCGGGCGCGCACGCUAUCGUCGUCUGGGAGGUGCUCACCGGCCAGGAGAAGCGCUCCUUCUCCGCCGACCGGACCGCUGCCGUGUGGCCCGCUCUCCGCUGGAGUCACAACGACAAGUACUUUGCCCGCCUGCAGCGCGUGGAGCGAAAGGACGGCCCUGUGGAGACCAUCAGCAUCUACGAGACGCCGUCAUGCGGUCUGCUGGACAAGAAGAGUCUGGAGGUGCCCGGAGUGCGCGACUUUAGCUGGUCGCCGUCGGACACCAUCAUCUCGUACUGGGUGCCCGAGGUCAACUAUGGCGAGACGCCCGCGCGCGUCACACUGCUCAAAAUACCCAGCCGAGAGGUGAUCCGCACCAAGAACCUGUUCUCCGUGAUCGACCUGAAGAUGCACUGGCAGAGCUCCGGCGAACACCUCUGCGUCAAGGUGGACAGGUACAACCGCGCCAAAAAGGAAAAGGACGACACCAUCAAAUACGUGGGCGUGCACUACAACUUCGAGAUCUUCCACCUGCGGGAGAAGAACGUGCCCGUGGACUCGAUGGAGAUCAAGGACAAGAUCAUGGCGUUCGCCUGGGAGCCGGUGGGCUCCAAGUUCGCCAUCGUCACGUCGGUCAGCAACACGUCCAACAACGUCAGCUUCUACUGCGUCAAGAGCGGCACGGAGCCGGCGUUGCUCAAGACGCUCGAGAAGAAGGCGUGCAACCACCUGUUCUGGUCGCCGCGCGGACAGCACAUCAUCCUGGCCGGUCUGCUCAACCUGAACGGCGUCUUCGAGUUUGUCGACACCAACGACUUCACGGUGAUGGGCGCCAACGACCACUUCAUGUGUACGGACGUCGAGUGGGACCCGACCGGCCGCUACGUGUUCACCGCCGUCUCCUGGUGGGGACACAAGAUCGACAACGGAUUCUGGCUGUGGACCUUCCAGGGACGCGUCGUGCACCGCCACAACGUGCAGCGCAUGUGCAACGUGCAGUGGCGGCCGCGGCCCAAGACGCUGCUCUCAGAGCGCCAGAUCAAGAACAUCAAGAAGAAUCUGAACAAGUACGGCGCUCAGUUCGAUCUGAAGGACAAGAUGCGUGCCAGCAGGGCUUCCAAGGAGCUGAUCGAGGGCCGCCAGCGUCUGGUGAAGGCGUUCACCGAGUACAGGAACAAGUGCAUCGAGCUCUGGAAGGAGCAGAAGCCGCGCCGUCUGCAGCUCCGCGACGGCGUGGACACGGACUCGCUGAGUGCCGGCGGCGGCGAGAUGGAAGAAGAAAGUGUGGAACUGAUCGUCAAGAAGGAAGUCACGAUCAUCCCUUAGGCGAGCGAGUGCGCGGUAGUGCGCUGUGUGUCUCCGCCCUCGCGCGCGUCUCCGCGUCUCCGCCGGCCGCGGAGGAGACCCGGUGCGCGUGAGGCGGCCAGUCGCACCGCCGCCAGUCGGCGCCGCCGGCCGGCCGGCUGAUCGGCCGACCGACAAUGCUGCCGCCGGACGCUGCCCAACCGUGGCCGCCGCCCCGCGCGGCUCCCGGGAAUAAAGUGAUUUUGGGACGGA